UCUCGACACGGAGUUCAAGCAUGCCGAGGUCGAGUUGAUACCGUGUACCGUCCUGGCGGCACUCGUCCACUACUUCGUGCUCUCUUCGCUUACGUGGAUGGGCAUUGAGGGGUUUAACACUUAUCUGGUCAUCGUAAAAGUGUUUAAUACUUACAUCCCGAAGUUUAUGAUCAAAGCUUCGAUUGUAGGAUGGGGUAUCCCGGCUGUGAUUGUUGCCGCAACUGGGGGAAUCACUAUGAACUAUUAUGCUGAAGAAGAUUAUUGUUACAUCCGGAAAUGGCCCCUCAUUGGUGGUCUCUUGGCCCCAAUGGCUAUCAUCCUCAUCAUCAAUAUCACUGUGUUCAUCCUGGCAAUGUGUCGUCUGGAAAGUUCUGCACGAUUGGCAGGACGUGUGAAGAAGCACUGCAAGACCGAUCGACAAGAGACCCUAGAACGGAUCCAGAAUGGCAUCGCCAUGUUGCUCCUGCUUGGCUUCACCUGGACUACUGGAUACCUGACCCUGAUAAAUUUGGACUACACUGAACUCCUCUUCAUCAUCUUUAACUCCUUGCAAGGCUUCUUCAUCUUCGUCCUCUAUUGUCUUCGAAAGGAGACCAUCAGGAAGCAGUGGCGCCGUUGUAUUUGCUGUGCACUGUUGCGGGAAGGUGGCGGCGCUGAGUCCCACGGAAAUUCUGGACGAACACCAGGAUCUACCAGUGGGACUGGAGGCUCCCAACCUAUGUUUGAAUCUUCGUCUCCCAUAUCUCAUACCAAUCCAUCUUUUGAAAACUCAAAUUAGAUAAAAAAAAAAACAUCAGGCUGUGAAGAUUCAUGUGCGAGCGAUGUAUCUCUUGUCACUAAUAGCCAGGAAAUGAUAGUAGACAUGAGAGACUUUGAUUUAAAUAAGGUAAUUUCUAAACCCCAAUGCAUUGCCUAUCGAAAUUAUGUUCAGAUUACGUAAUAUGGCUUAUUCGUGUUCCUACAUUUCAAUGUGUAACGCCCAAGUUUAUUGAAAUUGCCUGAAGUUAAUUUGUUUAAAGUCCUAGCGAUCUUGCUGUACAUAAAUGAAACCCUC